AUGGCGUCGUGGCUCAAGGCCGCUGAAGAUUUGUUUGAAGUGGUUGAUCGAAGGGCAAAGCUUGUUGCCAGUGAUAAGCCAGAUGAACAAGUUAAUCUUCUAACUUCAGCUCCUAAUGGAGAAGUGUCUGCCGCUCCUAAUGGACAAGGAGCUCCUGCAAAGAGGACGAGACCAAAAUCAAAGAAUCGAAAGCGCGUCACUUCUGCGGAAACUUCGGUACCAGUUGAUGCUGAAACUAAGCAAGCUAUCCCUGAACGACCACAUGUAGAAGCCAUCUCUGCAAAAACUUUGGAUGUUUCGGUUACUGACAAUAGUGGGAUUGCUCCACAAGAACUUUCUGGGACAACUGUUAAUGAAGCAAAUGAGGUUGCUGAUUCUAUUGGCUCCACUGGAGAGAUUGCUUCAUCUAGAUCUAUUGUUAAUGGGGAGUCGAAGGAUGAAGCUGAUACAGAUACAGCAAAUAAUAGUCGAACAGAGGCUGUGACAUCACCUGAAAAGAAUGUCUCAGAUACUCAAGAGGGGACUUCAUCACUUCCUAGCAGAGACAUUGAGCUUGCUGCUGGUGACCCUUCAAUUGUCUCCAACCAAAAUACUGUUCUUGAAGACACAAUAUCCCCUGUAAAUAUUAAGCAUGAAGGAUCUGAAAUUUCAAAUGCUGAUGCUAUGGCUGAAGCUGAUGGCCAGGUUAAUGAUGAUGUGAAAGUUGAAUCCAUUUCUGAUCAACCAAAUAUUUCACAACCCGUUGCUGUUAUAUCUGCCGCAAAAGUGCAAGAGCAACUUGAAGAGGCCCAAGGACUACUGAAAAAUGCAGUUUCUACUGGUCAGACUAAAGAAGCUAGGUUGGCCCGGGUCUGUGCUGGCCUUUCAUCUCGUCUUCAAGAAUACAAAUCCGAAAAUGCGCAGUUGGAAGAGCUUCUUACAGCAGAGAGGGAACUGAGUAAAUCAUAUGAGCAGCACAUUAAGCAACUUCAGAAAGAUCUCUCUACCUCUAAAAGUGAGGUGAACAGGGUGGAGUCAAACAUGGCUGAUGCACUGGCAGCAAAGAAUGCUGAACUCGAGGCUCUUGUCAGUUCUUUGGAUGCAACAAAGAGGCAAGCUGCUGUAUCUGAAGGAAAUUUGGCAUCGCUGCAGGCAAAUAUGGAGACUAUAAUGAGAAGUAGGGAGCUAACAGAAACAAGGAUGAUGCAGGCUUUACGAGAAGAACUGUCUGCUGCAGAAAGGAGAGCCGAAGAUGAGCGUGCUGCACAUAAUGCUACAAAGAUGGCUGCUAUGGAAAGGGAAGUAGAACUAGAGCAAAGGGCUAUUGAGGCGUCAACUGCGCUGGCCAGAAUUCAGAGAACGGCUGAUGAAAGGGCCACAAAAGCAGCGGAUCUCGAGCAGAAGGUGGCUUUGCUUGAGGUUGAAUGUGCAUCCCUUAGUCAAGAACUACAAGAUAUGGAAGCACGUGCGCGCCGUGGUCAAAAGAAGCCACCGGAAGAGACAAAUCAAGUUAUACAGAUUCAAGCAUGGCAAGAAGAGGUGGAGCGUGCUCGCCAAGGACAGCGGGAUGCCGAGAGCAGACUUUCUUCAACAGAGGCUGAGUUACAGAAGAUGAGAGUUGAAAUGGCUGCAAUGAAGAGGGAUGCUGAGCAUUAUUCUCGUCAGGAACACAUAGAGCUGGAAAAACGGUAUCGUGAAUUGACAGAUCUAUUGUACUACAAGCAAACGCAGCUGGAAACCAUGGCCAGUGAAAAAGCUGCAGCAGAGUUUCAGUUGGAAAAAGAGUUAAAACGUCGUCAGGAUGCACAGGUAGAAGCAGAAAGGAACAGAGUUCCUCGUCGAGCAUCAUCCUCUUGGGAGGAAGACACUGAAAUGAAGGCACUCGAGACACUUCCUUUGCAUCACCGCCACAUGGCUGGAGCUAGCAUCCAACUUCAAAAGGCAGCAAAACUGAUAGAUUCCGGAGCCGUAAGGGCUACAAAAUUUCUUUGGCGUUAUCCAUUUGCCCGAGUUUUCCUGCUUUUCUAUCUGGUAUUUGUGCAUCUCUUUUUGAUGUAUCUUUUACACCGUCUCCAGGAACAAGCUGAUACAUAUUCAUCAAGAGAACUAGCCGAGUCAAUGGGGCUUAUGAACCAAACACUUCCAUGA